ACGUGCCUUGCCCGCGACUUUUCAAAAGUGUGCUGAACUCAAUUCUCCCUCGAAAGCUUGCAUCUUUAUUUAUUUUUCAAAACUUAUACCCUCGUUCCACACGAAUUACCAACAAUACAUCAAUCAAGAUGCGCUUCUCCACCAUCGCUGCGUUCGCGACUUCGCUCGCUGUCGUCUCUGCUCAGACUCCCGACCUCUCAGCUGUGCCUAACUGCGCUGUUGCCUGCCUUAUCGCAGCCAUUCCCGGUUCCGGUUGUGGUGUCACCGACGUGACCUGCCAGUGUACUACCGGCCAGUCCGCCAUUACCAGCUCGCUCGAGUCCUGCAUCCCCAACGCUUGCUCGGCCACCGAAGCUGCUCAGGUCGCCCCUGCCCUUGCCGGCAUCUGCAGCGCCGCCGGCAUCUCUGUCGCCGUCCCUUCUGGCACAUCUAUGGCUGCCUCCAUGGCCAGCUCUGCCGUCGCGUCUGCAGCUUCGUCUGCAGCCGCCACGGUCUCCAGCGCCAUGUCCAUGGCCAGCUCUGCUGUCGCAUCUGCCCGUUCGUCCGCGGCUUCCGCCGCUAGCUCUGCUGCUGCGUCGGCUUCGUCCCGCGCUUCCAGCGCUGCGUCUGCUACAAGCUCCGGCCCUGCCCAGAGCACUGGUGGCGCCGCUGCCAAUGCUGCCGGCCUUGGUGCCGUUGCGCUCGGCAUGUUCGCUGCUCUCUUCUAGGCUUUUAAUUAGCCAAGGGAAUAUGUGUGCAUGGAACGAGUAAUGAUUGGGGAUAAGAGCAUCGAGGAAUUCCUUGACCAUCGCGUCGGGCCCGUGCUAGUGUUGAAGUACUGUACAUAUCCAUGACAGACUGAAUAUACCACUACAAUACCCACUUCCAUC